CAAGCAGCAGAGAAAGAAUCGGACGUGCUGGAAGCAGAUGAGUCUCCGAGCUAAGAGGGAACAGUAAGUGAAUUUAUAGCUGAAAAGGUACAAAAAUGCACCUCAGUAAUUUUUCCAGACAUUAAGUGCUCACCUGUUCAGAAAGAAGAGGCGACUGUGGAGAGCUGUGGCAAAAAAAUGCCACACAACACAACAGAGAGUGAGAGGAAGGGAGGGGGUCUGGCGAUCACACUCUCCCCAACCAGAGAUAAGGAUACAGCCACAGUCGAUACAGAGGACAAAGCUCUUGUCACCUAUUCCUCUCCAGGCAUCCGUGGAACGUGUGACUGGAAAGUGGAGAGUUCACGAUCAAAGGAGAGAAAAGGAGUGAUCGAAGAGAAGGGGAAAAAGACAAGCGAAGGUGGAGCUCAGAACGCAGCACAUGCUGGCAGGGUGUCACAGACAGAGGCAGCAACUGAGACAUGUUCAUCCCACUGCAUCACAGCAUCACCAGCAGCAACACAAGACCAGAGUGACCUCAUCCAUCCUGUCACAGCCGGCACAGCCCCGUUUCCUCGGAGCAUCAGCAGAAUAAACGACUGCGACUCCAUCAGCCCAUCCCCUCCUCUUUCCUACAUAAACUCUACAAAGACAGAAGCACAGAGAGGGGAAAAGACUGAUCUGAAUCCGAGCCCAAGUGCAUCAGAAGCAGAACUGCCAGGCACUGAUAGAUCACUUCCACCAGCAGUUUCUUUAGAAAACGAAUGUCUCGCUGCGCAAGCCAGUGAUCAACAGGUACAGAGCUCUUCACAGACUAGAACCACAAGCUGUGACACAUCCAUCAAAACAGAGACACAGCAACAAAACCAAGAAACAACUUCUACAGGUGAAGACACAUCUCAAUCAACUAAGCCACAAGUAAACAUGAAGGAGAUCGCCGCAAGUUGUAUCAAAGUGGAAGGGCAUAUGUCUCCAAAAGGUAUGCAGAACUCUUUUGAGAACCAAAAGGAUGCAACAUUGAAAUGCCGAAUGACUGAAUGUGCCUCUCUGCCCCCACUGAUGGUAUUUGAAAGUCUACAUCAUCCAGUAAAAGAGGCUAGCUUCAACUUUAAAGGUUUUCUCAGCCUCAGCAAACCAGCACUUCCUCUUCAGACAGAAUCAAACAUUGACCAGAGAAAUUCUGACCUGCAUGGAACAGAAAAUGAACCUACUGCCACCGAAGAAGGAGGUAAAGAGGAAAACAAUGGAAAUCAGAGAGGAAAAGUGGAAAUUACAUUUAAAGAGUCAAAAGACUGCAGGGAAAUGACCAGUACACCCCAAAUGCAUGGUGAGACUACUGUAAAACCUGGAGAAAAUGUUAAUGUAAUUGUUAGUAGCUGUAAAGACGAUGGAAAAGCGACAGAUGAAUCUCCUGAUGUCAGCAAGAGAAAUCCCGUUAUAUUUUCAUCACUGUCAGCUGCAGGUGAUACCACCGGUGUUACUGAAGCUAAAGAUGUGGUUAAUGAAACUCUGGAAGAUACUGAAGUAAGUAAAAAGAAACAAGAACAUAAAGAAUGUAUGAAUGUUACUCAUAUCACUCCAAAUAAUACAGAUGAGUCAGCUUCCACUGAGAAUAAUAGUGUUUUACUACAGGAUGUUUCUCCACAAGUGCGUCAUAACAGCAGCCCUGCUGUGCAUGGUGAGUGGGCUGAUAUGCCUGUGUCUGAAGGAGUUGAACAAAGACAUACUGAAGUUAUACUUACCACCAAGGAAAAGCUGGAUGAAGAGAUUGUUAAAUCAAGGGGGUGUGGUUUACCUGAAGCAGGUGAUAUAGAACUAACAUGUCCAGGUUAUUCAGAGAAUCUUGUGAAUGACAGUCGAGAGCAAAAGCCAGAAAAAAGCACAUGUAAAGUUGAGUCACAGGUAAAGACCAGCUCCAUGUCUCCAGCAGCUGCCACAGACAUAGACAGAAUGUGCCCUUGCAUUCAACCAGAUAAGAAAUUCAACAAAGAGCAGCCUACUACAACCUAUGAGAUGGUGUUUCUGUUCAAAGCAGCUGAGUGUGUAGACAUGCUGCCCUAUCAGACUGAAUCACAGUACAGUAAUGACCGGAUGGAAAAUGAUGCAGCAGAUGCUGGCGACACAACAGUCCCUUCUCUUCCUGCAGCGGAGACUACAGUACCAGCACAAAGGGAUCUUUCCUCAACCACCACACAAAGCACUAACAGUCAUGGCAGGGAUGUGUCUGUCAUUGUACUAAAGGCUCCUGGCCCAAUACUGAGUCACUGUGAGUUCAUGAAUGACUGUGAUAUUGCUGUAGCAGGACCCAGAGAAGAUUGCAGGGUGAACUGUGUGUUUGAUCCUGACACAGAUAUUGUAAAGAAUAUUACAGACAAAACGAAUCAACAGUCAGAUGUGAAUAAAGAGAUGUUAAGAUCUCAAAAUGCAGAUGAUCCUCCCUACCCUGUUGAAAUGCUUCAUUAUCAACCUGCUUUGACAAUUCAACAAAGUCCUAAUGAUGAAAUCAAAUGUGAUCCACUCCUGAUGAACUUGGAGGACAAUCUCGUUACACUUCUGACUGAGGAUCCUGUUCAACAUGUGUCUGUAGACAAUGUAAAACUGAAUAAAGAUGUAUCCAAAGGCUCCAGACAGAUAAUGGGAGGAGAGCAAAACAGGGAGUGUGUGCAAAAAAAUGAGGUACACAAUGUAAAAUUAAUUGCAGAAGAGGAUAGUAAAAAGAGAACAAAUAACUCUCAAGAACAGGAUGAGGCUGCUGCAAAAGAAAAAGCUGAUCAAACACGAGGAGAAAAUCAGACAUUAAUAAAUCUCUUCAUUCUAUCAGGAGAAAAAAAACUUGUAGAUGAAACCAUUCCUGAAGGAAGAUUGGAGUGUAUCCCUAUGCCUGAUCCUGGUUUAACCUCCAAAGUGAUUACAGAGGAGGCUUUGGGUUGUAGAGGGGCACUAACUGAAAAAUAUUUUCCAGUCGUUGUUCAGACCCUGCCUGCAGUGGUGAAUGCUUCACCUGACAGAGACCUCACACAAGAUCCAAGAGGUUUGAGCCAGUCAGACUUGACAUUUUCACAGUCCCAAGAUCUCCAGCAGCAACAUAAGUUUGUGAGUGAGAAAGAGUAUAUUUUUCAUCCCUCUGAUUGUCAGAUCUCCACCAUGACAUCCUCUUUUUCUGCUUCUGUGCUCCAGAAAAGUAUUAAAGAGGAAAAAGAGUUAAGUGUGGAUCAGGCCUCUAAAGGUGCCCAAGAACCACUCCCCACUCCCCAAUCUGAGACAGCCAGCUGGAGGAUGGAGCAGCUUAAUAGGCAUUUGUCAGAGCAAUUCCCAGAUGGUACCCAAAACACAGAGGAGCAGGAUACACAGUGUUCUGAACAGCAGCUCAUGCCGGUACAACAUGUAGGUACUUGUUUAGACACUGAAAACACAAUCAGUACUAUGAAAGAAGAAGACACAGUUUCAAAUGGCUUACAUCAGCGAGUAGGAAUUCAAGAAGAGAUAAGUAAACAGAUGGCAAAUGAGGAAAAGAACAAGGCCACUGAAAAGGAUCACACAAAAAUGUCCGAAGGGGCUGGACCUAAGUCUUCAGGGUCUGUAGAGAUAAAAAACAUCUACAAAGAAAACCGAAGCAAGUUGGAGGAGCAGUCUUUAUUUUCAAUAGUUGAUAAUGUAGACCAGCAAAUUGAAGACGUUUCUAAUGGGACACUGACAGAAAUGAAACAGGUGGUAUCAAUGUUGUAUCCUAAGACCUCUGUCUGCUUAGUGUCUGACCUCCAAGAUUCCCUCCAGUUCCCUCCUACAGUCAAUCAACAGUCUAGUCAGCAUCCCACUAAGUCUUUUAUCCAAACUUUACAUCAAAACACCACAAAUACAGUUAAAAGUAGCAGUGAGCAAAGUCCUGAUAUAGCAGAUAACUCUCCUGGAGACACAGAACGGCUUCUAAUCAAUAAAGCAAUACAAAAAGAUGACAGUGAAGCUAUUGAAGAUGAAGUCAGAAAGGUGUCAAAAGCUGCAGUAGAACUAUCGCAGGUUAUCCACAGUUCAGACAGCCAAGUCCUUAGUGCAUUCUUUGAACCUGAGAGGCCAGAUACAGUCAACUCCUCUGAAGGUUCUGAUUGGCUCAGAGCUCUGAAGGAGACAGCCUCCAUGUCUCAGAUCAUUCCAGAGCACAGUGAUGAGACUACUUGUGGAUCUACAAAAAAAAGACUGUUUGAGACCCACGGUUUGCCUCAGGCUGAACUAGAAUUCCGAACCCCAACAGAAGAAUAUUUUCUCCCUGCUCCUGAAGAGUGUUUCCCCCCUGUGCCUGAGGAGUGUUUCCCCCCUGCGCCUGAGGAGUGUUUUCCCCCUUCACCUGAGGAGAGUUUUCCCCCGGCUCCUGAGGAGAGUUUUCCCCCGGCUCCUGAGGAGAGUUUUCCUCCUGCUCCUGAGGAGAGUUUUCCCCCGGCUCCUGAGGAGAGUUUUCCUCCUGCUCCUGAGGAGAGUCUUCCCCCGGCUCCUGAGGAGAGUCUUCCCCCGGCUCCUGAGGAGAGUUUUCCUCCUACUCCUGAGGAGAGUUUUCCUCCUACUCCUGAGGAGAGUCUUCCCCCGGCUCCUGAGGAGAGUUUUCCUCCUGCACCUGAGGAGAGUUUUACCCCUAUUACUAAGCAGCCAGAAGAACCACUAGACUGCAGGUCUCUUCUGGUAGAAGCUGCUGAGAGGAGUGAGCCUGUCCCCUCUCCCUUAUCACCCCUACCACAGCACAACACUGUUCCUGCCCUCCCUGCCCACCUGCUCCAGGACACAGUUGAGUUCCCCACACCGCCCCCUACCCCUCGGGACAGGGCUCCCCCUGAGCCUCAGACCCUUCCUCCUGCUCCUGAUGGUCUACUGGAGGCUUCCCCUGCUGCCCCUGCGCCUCCUCAAAUCCAACAGCUACAGCACUCUGAGCCUUCAGCAAGGAGCUCAGACUCAGACGGAGCAUUCGAAACCCCUGAGUCCACCACCCCUGUGAAGUCAGCUUCCCCACCAGUGUCCCCAACAGAGCCCCCCUGCACCAAAUCAGAGGUAUUGUCCCCAGACCACACAGCUUCCACUGCUGACAUCUCUGCCAGUGAAGCUCAAGAGCCGAAACAGCUUCAACCUCUCAGCCGCUCUCAAUCCAGAGCCUUUGAUGAGGACAAACCAAUAGCUGCUAGUGGCACCUAUAACCUAGAUUACUUAAUUGCUGAUGACCCCGUCCCAGAAUCAAAUUUUGGGUCUGGACCAUCAAGCAGAGCGCCUCUUACCCGCUCUCUAAGCCUACAGUCAGGUGAGUUAGAGAGCCCAGGAGACAAACCCUCAGGAGCAACCUCCGAAAAACUCAUUCACACACAAGCAGAGUCCUUCAGCACAGGAACAGAAAGCGCUCCGGGAACCCUUCGUAAAGUGAAGAAGCCCCGUUCAGGUUCCCUAAAGAAGAAACCUCUUUCCCGGCAGAACUCAAACCCAGAGCAUUCCUCUCCCAAAACAGUUUCCUCUAGCAACACACCAGAAGAGAAAAAGAGAGGAAAACUACAUCCUGAAAGCCCCUUGCAUACUCAAGAGAGGCCUAGUUCCUCUCCCAGCCCUAGUCCUGCUGGUACCCUGCGGAGGAACAGGAUAAAGACUCGAGUUGAGAGUCCUCCACCUUUGGCUGAGGAGGUCACUACCAGCUCAAUAUCAAGUCAACUCCAGCCGGAGCUUCCUGAUCCUGUACCUGAGGCUCCAAUUGUCCCUGACGAGGAGUCUCCUAUCCCUCCAAUUGCCUCCUACAAAUGGGAUCCAGACAACUUUGAGAAUAUUGACCCAUUCUGUACAGGAGGCAGUAAAGUUGCCAACUCGCCGGUCUUGGGCAGGAAAGCCGACUUUACAUCAGUUUCAGACACCCCUGUUGCUGUAGAGGAGCCUUGUGCCUCUUCUCCUACUAAAGAACAACCCAUUAACACUGAGGAACAGCCAAUCACCAAGCGCCAACCAGUCAGACUGGAGUUUGACUAUUCAGAGGACAGUGGAGAGGCACCACGCAAUACUCCUCCUCCUAAAAUCCUAGGCAAGAAACCAGGGGCCAAGAUGCCCAUCCGAAAGCCCAAACUGGGGAUUAAGAAGGCCCCUCCACCGCAGACAGAGCAGCUAGAUAAUGCACCUAUCCCUGCACUUACAAAUGAUAUGGAUGAUAUCCCAAUCCCCAAGGGGUUAUAUAACGUUGAUCCCAGCAAGUGGGAUGACCCUAACUUUAAUCCAUUUUCUUCAAACACUGGUAUCCCCAACUCUCCUGGCCUGCCUAAAGAAUCUUACAGCUUUGGUCCUGACUCCUCUGAUGACUCAGUCGAUCCUUUCAAAUCAUCCAACAAGAUGGGAAAUGUGCCUCCAAAAGCUGCCUCUUUUGACAAGUCCAACAAUGACAACGAGAAUGACAAUGAUAACAUUGUUGAGUUGGAGGACCACAAUCAGAACAAACCUGCCAAAAACAAGAAGAAGCCUCUCAAAUCUAACACUUUUAGAGUGAAGAAAUCACCAAAGAGGACUCCGAUUACUGAGCCGUCUGCUCAAUGUUGUCCUGUGUGUUCUCCAAUCUCGCCCUCCACUUCACACACACAUAAUCACCUGCAGGAGCACUCACCUGAUGCCAGCCCUGAGCCUUCACAAGAUCACGCCACAGAUGAGGAGAAACUGGCUUCCUCCACCAAUCAGAAAUGGAAUAGACAUGACAUAGAGGUGGAGCUGACCUCUGAUUCCCAAGACUUCCCACAGCCGACUGACUUUACAACUUUUGUCAACGAGAACAGUUUACCCAUACAGAGUGAUGUUACAGAUUAUGAGAUUGAAUACAUGGAAAAGAUUGGUUCCUCCACACCUCCUCUGUCGGUGAAGAAACCAUCACUUUAUCUGAAGCUGGACUCUGUGCCAGACAGUCCAACAAAGACUUCCAACAUACAAGAUUCAGAGCCCAAUUCUCCCUGCACUGGGAGCUUUGAGGAGAUGGAGGCUCAGAUCUCGCAGGGGAAAACACCUGUGCUGUCACCACGUGGUGCUCGUGACUCUAUGGCCUCAGAGAAGAGCAGAAAGAGGGACGGCCAGUCUCAGAAUCGAACACCGAGCAACCAUAGAGAUGGAGCGUCCCCAAUCCAGGGCCCCAUGGAUCCCUCAGAUCUGCCCCUCUUAGACAGGCUGUCUGAUUUACCUGCCCCUCUCAGCUACCUGGAACCUGAUCUGGCAGAGACCAACCCCACUGCCUUUGCUCAAAAACUGCAGCAGAGAGAAAUGGCCUCACCGGGGGACAGCGAGGCUUCGAAGAGCUCCCUCUAUUCACUAUCAGGAUACAUUGAAGGGGAAAGCCCUCAUCUGCCAUGUGACAUGGACCACUCUCUUGCCAUCGCCCGAGAAGAGAUUGUUAUAAAAGAGAAAGAAGCCAUGGAGUGGAAAAGACAAUACGAAGAGAGUAGACGGGAGGUGGAGGAGAUGAGGUGGAUAGUUAUGGAGUAUGAGAAGACUAUUGCAGAGAUGAUUGAGGGUGAACAGAGAGAGAAGACUCUGUCUCAUCACACUAUCCAACAGUUGAUUCAGGAAAAGGACCAGGCUUUAGCUGAUCUCAACUCUGUGGAGAAAUCUCUCGCUGACUUAUUCCAUCGCUAUGAAAAGAUGAAGGAUGUUUUGGAAGGCUUCCGCAAGAACGAGGAUGUGCUGAAGAAAUGUGCACAGGAGUACCUGUCUCGUGUACGUAAGGAGGAGCAGCGCUACCAGGCCUUGAAGAUCCAUGCUGAGGAGAAACUGGAUAAGGCGAAUGCUGAUAUCGCUCAGGUGAGAGGCAAAGCCAAGCAGGAGCAGGCAGUGUAUCAGGCAAGUCUGAGGAAAGAACAGAUGAAGGUGGACUCACUGGAGCGCACACUGGAACAAAAGAACAAAGAGAUUGUGGAACUGACCAAAAUUUGUGAUGAACUGAUUGCCAAAAUGGGAAAGAGCUAGCCGUCCAUUUGACAAAGUUCUGUCCACACCACAAAGGGACACAAGAACAAUAACUGGACAAGAUGGAGGGACAAGUUAAAAGUGUUUGUUAUUGUUUUUUCCUAUUUCUAAUGGACAGAACAAUGAACUAACCAAACAAAGGGAAUCCACACUACUGAAGUUUUCACAUAAACUUGGAGUCCCUGGGACUGUGAGGACACACUAGUUUCUGGCUGUAAUUAUU